AUGUCGACUGACCCUGUCGUGCUCGGCAGCCUCUCUGAAGUGUGCGGCGCACCCCUGCAGCUGUUCGAGCUGGUCGCGGUGGUCGGAGACGACGGCGACGGCGAUGGCGCUGGCUCGAUGGCGUACCUCUGCCUCGGCAGGCAGCACAUCUCAGGCCACUCCCCAAAUUACGGCUGGUCGGCAUCUUCUUCGUCUCGGAGCAGAUACACAGAUUGUGCAAUGGCCAGAAGUUGCCGUACCUCCAGAGGAAGACAAGACCGGGCUGUGGUCGACGAGGCGUCGCGCAGUUUGUUCUUGGUGGUCAUCCGCCCCGGCCAGGACACGACGUGGCGCGGCGGCGACAGGCUGCUGGUGAGGAGCCAGCAGCGCGAACUGCUCCUGGAGCGCCUGGCGCUGUGCUGGCAGACGCAGCAGAUGCACGAGCGCUUCCAGGUCAGGAGGCUGCCACAGGCCCGGGCCUCGAUCACCAGUGGGCUGCGGGGCACGGGCGACGGCUUCGCGUGCCGUGUUCUGCCGCAGGUGGAGCCCUUCCGGGGGUACGUGCAGGAGAGCCGGAGGGGCUACAGUUUCUUCGUCCGCGCCGGUUUCAAGAGCAGGGGCCGGUGCGGGCGUUUCAUCUGCGAGCCCGGGUGGUCGGUCAGGUAUGCGGCCGAGGACAUCGAGUUGCCUGGGGGAGUCGAGAUCGGGAUCUACACAGAGGAGCCUCGCAGGCACGCAGGCCUCGUGAGCGGCGGGCAUGAGGACUUGCGAACGGUGGCGAUAGAGUACAGGACCUUGCUGACCAAGGAGCUGCAGCAGCUCCACGUGCGUGUGAAUCGCCCGUUCUUGAAGCGCAUGAACCGCACGGGCGACAUUGCAGCCUGGGAUGGGUGGGAGUUCUUGGUGCGGUCAAAGCGGCACCUCCUGGCAUGUGUGGUGCUCCGGCGGAAGUUCAUCCCCCCCCUGUGCGACACCAUGCAGGAUGUCGUGGUCACUCUGCGCUGCCCCGUCGACGCCCUGGACGUGGCGGCUGUGACGCAGAGCAUGUGCGAUGUGGUUCGAGAGGAGUGCUGUUUCGUCGCGGACUCUAUUGCGCCGGUGGCCGAGAAGUGA